AUGUACCGGGCCCGGGCGGCGCGGGCGGGGCCGGAGCCCGGCAGCCCGGGGCGCUUUGGGAUCCUCAGCACCGGGCAGCUCCGGGACCUGCUUCAGGAUGAGCCCAAGCUGGACCGGAUCGUGCGGCUCAGCAGGAAGUUCCAAGGCCUGCAGCUGGAGCGUGAGGCAUGCCUGGCUUCCAACUACGCGCUAGCCAAGGAGAAUCUGGCGUUGCGUCCCCGCCUGGAGAUGGGCCGCACUGCCCUGGCCAUCAAGUACCAGGAGCUCCGGGAGGUGGCCGAGAGCUGUGCGGACAAGCUGCAGCGACUGGAGGAGAGCAUGCACCGCUGGAGCCCCCACUGCGCGCUGGGCUGGCUGCAGGCUGAGCUGGAAGAAGCUGAGCAGGAGGCUGAGGAGCAGAUGGAGCAGCUGCUGCUGGGGGAGCAGAGCCUGGAGGCUUUCCUGCCCGCCUUCCAACGAGGCCGGGCCCUGGCCCACCUGAGGCGGACCCAGGCGGAGAAGCUGCAGGAGCUGCUGCGGCGCCGGGAGCGGUCUGGCCAUCCAGCCCCCACGGCUGCCGCGGAGCACCCCAAAUCCUUCCCCGCUGCCGCAGUCCUGCCCACCGGGGCCGCCCGGGGGCCGCCGGCAGUGCCCCGGAGUCUGCCCCCCUUGGACUGCCGCCCAGUGCCCCCACUGAAGGGCUCCCCCGGGUGCCCCCUGGGCCCAGCCCCUCUGCUGAGCCCUCGGCCCUCGCAGCCAGAGCCCCCCCACCGGUAGGAUCCAGGGUAUGGCCCCCCCAUGGGGGGCCCAGACAAACUUGAUGCGUGGCUCCUCCUCCUCCCCCACUGCCUGGGUGGGGGGAGGGGCAGGCCCCUCCCCCUGGCCCUGGGCAGGCCCUGGCC